AUGUCGACGUCCCUCUUCUGCCGCGCCGCUCUCACCGCCGCUCCAAGCGCUCGUGGCGGUGUCCGUCGUCUCCCGGGGCGCAGGGCACCGGGUGCUGGCAUCCGUGGAGUCGGCUUCACCUUGUCGAUGAUGGCACCACCACCCAAGCCCAAGGUCACCAUGCUGGCGUGCGCCAAGAGGCCCAGGAAGGCUACCGACCCUUGGGAUAGCGACUACAAAGGAGAUCAGGAUAAGAUUGACAAGUUUUAUGCUGAGCUCUCUAAGGAAAUCGAGUAUUUUCGCAGCUACGGAGAUGAGGAUGAUGAGUUUGACAAGUAUUAUGCUGCUCUCUGUAAGCAAUCUGAGGAGGCUAUGACUGGUAAAUUCAUUGAUGUUAUUCCUCUUAUGCCGGUUCUUUCCGAGGAGGAGAGGGCAGUGCAGAACAAGGUCAAGGAUAUCGCCGAGAGGUGCAUGGACCUCCAGGCUGAUGCCAUGCGCCGCCUCCGCCCGGAACAAAGGCACCCACUCUACCUGCUGUUCCGGACUGUGCAUCUCGCAUUUACGUCCGUGAAAGUCAGAGCCAUGGAGGGGCAUGCCAACUGCGGGGUAUCAUCGCUUCUCAUCGUCGACAAGUUGGAUGUGGUGCGCAAGAUGGUCUCCAGCGCCUGCAGCGCCCCUCUCCCUCUCGACAGGGACAAGCAGGAGCUCUCCCUGCUUCCUCCCCUUGUCCAGGAGGCGAUCGGCGGCCUUGUUGGCGCCGACGACAGCAAAGACCAGGAGGUGACGUUCGCAUUGAUCGAGUACACCUACAACACUGUCAAGUCUGACAUUGACAAGAUGAUCACCGCCAGUGCCACAAGUACCUCUUAG